GUACAAUGUGAAGACUAUCGACCAAUAUGGCGACCUUGACGCGAAGUGCAAGAUGGAUGCUGCAGAAGCUGAUUGUCCAGCAACAGCAUGUCCAGUGCCGGUCACUUCUCACAUCCUCCAGGUCACUGGCCAGAGACGUCCAGACCUACAAGACUGAACAGCAGCUUCAGAGCAAGGCAGCAGAACAUUUCACUGAAGUUACUAGGCUGAGGGAAGCCAACAAGCUGUCAUUUGAGAUAGCUGUGGAGAUGUACAUUGCCAAGGAGAGUGUGUACAGACGAGGACAUGUUGAGUUUCUAUACUCAGCCUUGAGUAAGAUGAAGGACUUCAAGGUGGUCAAUGAUCUUGCUACAUACAAGAAGCUGCUGGAGAUAUUUCCCCCUGAGAAGAUGAUCCCGAAUAGCUCCUGGCAGGUCGAGUUGAUGCACUACCCUCGUCAGCAGCAAUGUGCCAUUGAUCUCAUGGAACAGAUGGAAGAUAAUGGUGUGAUACCUGACCAUGAGUUUGGCAGUAUCCUGAAGAAAAUAUUUGGUCCUGAUGCCCAUGCGUUCAGGAAGUAUCGUCGUAUGAUGUAUUGGCUGCCAAAGUUCAAAAAUGCAAAUCCCUACCCAGUACCGAGGGAGCUCCCAGAGGACCCUUGUCUGUUGGCAGUGCUAGCCCUGAAGCGGAUGGUUAUUGACAAGGAGAAUGUCAUUGACGUGUGGAAGGUAGAGUCUUUACUAUUGUCAGCAAUGUCAGACGUCAAAUCGAUACCCGACACUCUUGUAGACCUGUUCGACUGGCAGGGUUAUGACAGCGAGGAGCGAGGGGACCUAAUGCCGGAGUGGAGCAUGCACCAGCAGGAGGACGGCACUAUCAUGGCCAUGUGCAUCACAGGCUCGGCCAGCAAGGACUCCCUGGUCACAUGGGUCCGGUACCUACAGAGGAGGAACCCCAUGUUGGAGCACAUCCCUGUAGUGUUUAAGCUGAGGACCCCUGAUGCUGAACUGCAGCCGGUACAGGAGAUGAGGACAGACCUGUCUCAGACCUAGUGAUGUGGUGUAUAGUCAUGGAGGAAGCUACUGCCAGUGUGUGGAGUCAACCAAACCUGU